ACGCGGGGAGGGGCGAUGGACGCGGAGCUCCUGGAGCUGCAGCGGCAGCUGGAGGCGGCGCAGAGCGCGCGGUCGAGCGUGCGCCUGUCGGAGCGGAACGUGGUGGAGCUGGUGCAGAAGCUGCAGGAGCGCGGCCUCAUCGACUUCGAGCUCCUCCACACCGUCUCCGGCAAGGAGUACAUCACAUCCGACCAUCUGAAGCAUGAGAUCAAGUUGGAGAUCAACAAUCGAGGGCGCGCAUCACUAGUCGAUUUAUCAGAUAUCCUGGGGGUGGAUCUCUACCAUGUCGAGAGGCAGGCACAAAAGGUCGUCACGGAGGAUCCGGCCCUGAUGUUGAUCAACGGCGAGAUCAUGUCACAGUCUUACUGGGACACUGUGACAGAAGAGAUAAACGAGAAGUUGCAAGAGCGCAGCCAGAUUGCCUUGGCUGAGAUUGCUGCGCAGCUACACAUUGGGUCGGACCUGGUCAUCAAUAUCCUCGAGCCUCGGCUUGGAACUAUUGUGAAAGGACGGCUAGAAGGUGGCCAGCUAUACACUCCAGCAUAUGUCUCACGGAUUACUGCCAUGGUCCGUGGUGCGGCAAGGGGCAUAACAGUUCCGACAAACUUGCCAUCUGUUUGGAACUCCUUGCAGCAACAGCUCCAAGAAAUGCACGGUUCUAAUGGAGUUUCGGUGGAAGGUUCAUUCUUCCAGUCCAUUUUUGCUGCCUUGCUAAAAGAAGGUGCUGUACUUGGGUCUCUCCGCGCGGGAGUAAAUUGGACACCAGCUGUUUUUGCGCAUGCUCAAAAGGAAAGCGUUGAUGCCUUUUUUUCACAGAACUCUUAUAUUGGUUACGAAGUGCUUCAGAAACUUGCAAUCCCUCAGCCUAAGCAGUACUUGGAGGCCAGAUAUCCAGAUGGCAUUGCACUGGAGGCUAUUUUUGUUCAUCCUUCAGUUGUCGAUAUGCUAGAUGCUGCUGUGGGUGACGCAAUCGAGAAUGGACAAUGGAUUGAUUCUCUUUCGGUCCUUCCAUCGUAUAUCAGUGGCCCUGAUGCAACCAAGAUAUUAUCCCUUUGUCCAUCUUUUCAGAAAGCAGCCAAGUCUUCUAAAGCAGUGAUAUUUGGAGAAUCAUGUGUCUUCAGUAAUGUGUUCAUUAAGAGUAUUUUUGAUCGACUAGAGAAGGAGAUUGACUCCUUUGGUAUUAGACAUAUUGCUGAUCAAGCAAACCCCAUGAAUAUGAAUUCGAGUACAUCUGCCCAGUACUCGAACACAAAAGAGAUUGGUGAUAAUGACACCAGUAGUACUACUAGUACUGCUGUUUCAUCAGACAGAGGGCCAAAGAAGAAAAGAGGGAAAGUGGCAGGGUCUGCCAAAGGUGGAUCACUUGAAAAGGAUGAUGACAGUGAAGAAAUUAUCCCUGUAAAGGGCAAGAAAUCUCAUAGAAAAAACAAGGAUGCUGGUUCUUCAGGUGAUGCCAAACGCGGUGGUAAAAAAACAUCAGAGAAACCAAAAGAGGAGAAUACAAAUAUCUUUCCUGAUGAAUUGAUACAGCAAAAGGUUUUGGCUGUUGCUCCAGAGCUAGAAGAGUUAUCAGGCUCAGAUGACUUAAACAGCCCAAUUAAAUUAUUGUCCUCUCACCUGAGACCAAUGCUUAUUGACUCAUGGAAGAAGAAGAGGAACACCAUGCUGUCAGAAAAUGCUGAAAGGAGGCGGAGUGUGCUUGAUAAUCUGCAAAAGCAGCUAGAUGAGGCAGUCCUGGAUAUGCAACUCUAUGAAAAAGCUCUGGAUGUGUUUGAGGAUGAUCCUGCUACCUCCGGUAUAUUACACAAGCAUCUGCUAAGAACUCUGGGUACACCAACAGUGGACAAGAUUUUGCUUACCCUGGAUAAGGACAACAAAUUGAAGAGUGGAAUGGAGUUUGAAGACAGUGAAGAACAGCAUGUUCAAUUGAGCACCACUGACCGUACUUUUCUGGCAAAGGAUCUUCCUGGGCAAUUGUCAUCAAAGGCUCAAGCUUUAGUCGAAGCGCUGGAGGGAAAGCGGUUUGAUUCAUUUCUGGAUGCCUUAAGAGAUACAGCAGAGGAAAGUGGCUUGUCAUUUAAGAAGCUUGAUAAAAGAUUAGAGCGAUCAAUGAUGCAUUCCUACCGCAAGGAUUUGAUAGCACAAGUUUCUUCAGAGAGUGAUCCAGUUUCCUUCCUACCAAAAGUUGUUGCUCUACUUUUUCUUCAGGCAUACAAUAAGGCUCUUCAGGCACCUGGAAGGGCUGUUGGUGCUGUAAUCACAAUACUGAAGGACAAGCUGCCAGCUUCAACCUUUAAGGUUUUGACUGAUUAUCACAGCACAACCGUGAAAGUUCUCGCACUACAAGCUGCUGCUACGGGUGAUGAUGAAGAUUGCACAUCGGCUAGGUUGAUGGAGAGGAGGGAAGAUCUGGUGGAGAGGCUGAUGCCGGAACUGAAAUCCCUGGCCCUCGGCACAAGCAAAGAGUGAGCAGCAAAGAUUGUGUGUCCAUGUAAAUACACAGCAUAUCUAUCCCCGGCACCUGGAGCUAGGGAUACAAGCAGCAGGCCUGCGAUACUUGAGUCAACUUAGUGCAAUCUUCACUCGAAUUUUAUGUAGUGGUGACUUUAGGUACUUCUAUGGGUUCCCUGCUUGCAUCUAGAGCUCUAUUCAGCCGCUCGGAGUACCAAAGAAGAAGCAAUGGUGCUUAUCUUACUGAAAGAAAGAUUCUCUAGAUUCGUGUGACAACGGAAUUGACAUCUCAUGUAGUGUAUAAGUACUUCAGAAUAUGUUCAUGACAAUCUUCAGAAGGCUUUACUGAAUUUAUUUUUUGCUC